AGCGACUUAUCUUUACCUUUAUACUUGCUCUUCGAAAGCCUGUUGGUUUGGAUGUGUAGCGCUGGUGGUAUGGUUAACUCAGAUGCUUUAAACAGUGUGACAACUCCCAGGUGUUUAUUAUCUUCUACCAUCUAUAAUGGAAAACUCCACUGAUGACUACAGAAUUCAGUCAUUUGACCCAGACUCACAGAUAUUACUGAAAACUGCUUUGAAAGAUCCAAGUUCUGUGAACCUGGAGAAAGUGUCCAACAUAAUUGUGGAUCAGUCUUUAAAGGAUGCUGUGUUCAGCAAAGAGGCCGGACGGAUUUGUUACACAAUUGUGCAGGCUGAGGCCAAAGAGAGCAGUGGAAAUAUUUUCAGAAAGCACCUGUUGAACCGACUCCAGCAGGAGUUUAACAAGCGUAAAGAAACGAGGUCGCGCUCRGUGCAGGAGUGGGUGUGCUUCGUCACCUUCAUCUGUAACAUCUUUGACUACCUCAAGGUGAACAACAUGCCGAUGGCGGCUCUGGUCCAUCCCGUGUAUGACUGUCUCAUGAGGCUGGCCCACCCUGAUGCUUUAACAAACGAGGAGGAGGUGGAUUGCCUGGUGCUGCAGCUGCAUCGGAUCGGAGAGCAGCUGGAGAAGGCCAACAGCCAGCGGAUGGACGAGCUGUUCUUCCUGCUGCGGGACGGGUUCCUUCUUCAGGAGGGCCUCACCUCCAUGACCCGCCUGCUGCUGCUGGAGAUCUUAGAGUUUCGAGCCGGAGGCUGGGUGCUCAGCGGCACGGCCCACAAAUAUUACUACAGUGAAAUCGCUGAGUGAGCAAACAGACGGGGUGGGUGCUGAGCCCAUCCGAUCAUUCCACGAUUAUAAAACCAGCAGCUUUAUUGUGAAAAGCAACAUAUUACAGGUAAUCUGAGCGGAGCUUUAAGAUGGUUUGAAACCUGUUAAAAACAACUUUUUGAUUUUGCUGGAUAGUUUCUUUUUUUUGCAUUUGGUCAUAAUUGAUGUGAAAUGUGCAAUAGUUAAAGCUUUCAGUUUCAGUUACGAAGCUUUAAUUACUUUUGGUUGAAAAGAUGUUUGUCUUAAAGGUUCACUCAGGACUGAAAAAAAACUUCUUAUACAUUUGCGUUUUUAGAAAUAUUUUCUUUACCAAAUUUGAAGAAGUUUGAGGAAUCAUUCUAGUCAGAUGUUGCUUUACUUUCUUAUUCUUGUUUACAGUUCAAAUGUACUUUAUCCUCAUGAGGAGUUAUGUGAAGUCUUUUUUUUAAUGUAGAUAGUGGGAUGUUCUGGUCAGAGUGAAACUAUAAAAUGAUUUCAAAGUUUAAGUUUAGAUGCAGAUUUGUUCUUUAUUGUGAGGCUGACUUGUCAUUUAACUCAGUUUUAUUGCAGGAGAAUUUUUUAACUUGGUUAGGUUAAAAGGACCAAAAACCGUUGGACUCCAUUUGAAGAUGUAUUUCUACAGAACUGGAGUUUGAUUUUUUUUAUCACCAGUUUGGUUGAACAAACAUGAAUAUUUCAUUCAGGAAACUUUUUAAAAGUCUAAAAAACACACUUUUUUAAGUUUUGAACUUUGUAUCUCAUGUUCUUACUUUCCUGCUGUUUAUACAUUUUUUUUAACACGCUGGCUCCAAAAAAAUACAUUACCGUAAAUAAACAUUUACUUUGUAGAAACAAACGAUUUAAUUUAGAUAUUAAAAAGUAAGCAUAUUAAAAAGUAAUUGUAAAUAUUUGAAUUACUCUGACAGCAGUUGUUGUACAUAUAUUUUUGUACAAUGUCUGAGUACUUUUGUGAAACUCUGUUCUGGUUUUCUACAUUCAAAUUGUACAUUAAACACUUGUUUAAUAAAUUCUUUUUUUCUUGA